AUGAUGGGUUCCUCACAGUCCACCACCAAAUCCGACCAGGAGCCCAACAAGUCCAAGUCUCUAUAUCAGAAAUACCAAGAGAAAAAGGGCCCCAAGCCCAUCAGCGACGAAGACAUCCUCAAGUACACCGGCAAAACGAGGGCCGAGAUCAACGACUGGGCAGACACCCAGCCCGGCGUGGGCAAGAACCAGCUCGCUGGCAAAAUCUCCAUCGGCAACGCCAGCGGCCUGGGAGGAGCAGCUGCCGCAGGAGGAUUUGGAGGUUGGGGACCGAGUGCUGAGCCUCAGGGCCCGAAUCGGGGCAUGAAGUUUCCGCCAAAGGAUCUGGAGGGGAAGCCUAAGCUUGUGGACGAGUAG